AGAAAUUAACAGGAACAAUUUUACCAUUUUCAAAAAAUAUUGGGUGCACCAACAAUAAUGAUGGCUGCACCUAGCAACACUCAAGAAGUUAAACAAUGUAAAAGCCCAUUAGGCUCAAGUGAACUCACGAUCCAGAUAGCAACCAGCAACAAACAACCCCUAUAGAUCGUCUUCGUCUUGGUGGGUUGGAAAAAGGCAAGACAAAGAGGAUGGAGAAGGUGAGAGAGAUGCUGAGACUAACGCAGCAAGAAUCGGUCGCUAUGUCACGACUCAACUCUGUUCCUUCCCUCAGAGCCGGCGAUAACUCCUCCUUCUACGAACACUUCAUCCUCUCUGGCAUCCGAGUUGACCGAGUCCAACCCGGUCUCGUCUCCUGCACUUUCAAAGUCCCCUCGCGCCUCGCUGACAGGAGUGGGAAGUUGGCGAGUGGAGCAAUUGCGAAUCUGGUGGACGAGGUUGGAGGUGCUGUCAUCCAUGAAGAGGGUCUCCCCAUGAAUGUUUCCGUUGACAUGUCUAUUUCUUUUCUCUCAUCUGUGAGAGUUGGCGAUGAACUAGAAAUUACUUCUAGGUUGUUAGGAAGGAAAGGAGGUUAUUCUGGGACUAUUGUUCUUCUUAAAAACAAAGCAACUGGAGAAUUGAUAGCGGAAGGUCGUCAUUCACUAUUUGGUAGACAUAACAGCAAAAUGUAAUUCGAUAUGGUAGAUAAGAUGUGUAUGAAAUAUAUAUGUAAAUAAAUGAAGGUUUUUUUGGGAAA